AUGUUCUACGCCCACUUUGUCCUCAGCAAACGUGGGCCGCUGGCCAAAAUCUGGCUGGCGGCCCACUGGGACAAGAAGCUCACCAAAGCACAUGUGUUUGAGUGCAAUCUGGAGAGCAGCGUGGAGAGUAUCAUCUCACCCAAGGUGAAAAUGGCUUUACGAACAUCGGGGCAUUUGCUGCUGGGGGUGGUGAGGAUCUACCACAGGAAGGCCAAGUACCUGCUGGCAGACUGUAACGAGGCCUUCAUCAAGAUCAAGAUGGCAUUUAGACCAGGUGUGGUGGACCUUCCAGAGGAGAACAGAGAGGCAGCUUAUAAUGCUAUCACUCUACCUGAGGAGUUCCACGAUUUUGACCAGCCACUACCAGACCUCGACGACAUUGACGUGGCUCAGCAAUUCAACUUGAACCAGAGCAGAGUGGAGGAGAUCACCAUGAGAGAGGAAGUGGGCAACCUCAACCUGCUGCAGGACAAUGACUUCGCUGACUUCGGGAUGGACGACCGAGAGAUGAUGCGGGAGGAGAGUGCGUUCGAAGUGGACAUCAUGGGAACGUCAGCUUCCAACCUGCUGCUGGAGGCUGAAGGCGGAGCUAACCAGAUGGCUGACAAGUCCAACCACCUGGAGUAUGACGACCAGUACAAGGACGACUUUGGAGACAACCCCAUGGAGAGCAAUGAGGGAGGCAUGCUGGUGGACAAGCUGCUGAGUAACGAGGAUGGAGGCGGCAUCUUUGACGACCCUCCAGCCAUCACAGAGAGUGUGAUGAUGCCUCAGGACCACGGGGAAGAUGACGAUGACUUUGAUGCUCUCUCAGCUGGAGCCCCAGAUAGCCCAGACUCAGGCCCAACAGAGCCCAUACCAGCCAUGGCGGAUCAGACAGAACAAACCACCCUGGUUCACAAUGAGGAAGAAACCUUCGCCCUGGAGCCCAUUGACAUCACAGUAAAGGAGACCAAGGCGAAGCGUAAGAGGAAGCUGAUUGUGGACAGCGUGAAGGAGUUAGACAGUAAAACCAUCCGCGCACAGCUGUCUGACUACUCUGACAUCGUCACCACCCUGGACCUGGCACCUCCCACCAAGAAGCUGAUGAUGUGGAAGGAGACCGGGGGAGUCGAGAAGCUCUUCUCCCUGCCAGCUCAGCCUCUGUGGAACGUCAGGCUGCUCAAGAUGUUUACACGGUGUCUGACACCUCUGGUACCAGACGAGCUGAGGAAGAGGAGGAAAGGUGGAGAGGCUGACAGUCUGGAUGAGUUCCUCAAAGACCUUGAGAAUCCAGAGGUGCCCAGAGAGGAAACUACAGGCCACCAGCAGAGAGACAUCAUGGACCAAACCAUCAUGGAAGAGGCCAGUGUGCUUCAGACUUCCGCUGUGGAGGGCAGCAGGACGACGCUGGACGAGACGGUCAUGCCCCCACCAUCUUCCCAACGAGGCCUGAAACGUAAAUCCCAGGACACAGAGCCAGCCCUGCCUCAGCAGCAGGGGUCCAGAGCCAGUAAUGUGUCCCAGCAGCUGGAGGCUUCAUCCAAUGUGGAUUUACCACCAGAGGAAACCACCACUACUAACAUCAGCCAGCUGAUAGAGUUGGACCUGCUUGCCGACAAGGACAAGAAGAAGAACGAUGAUGACUCAGAUGAAGAGGAGGAGGAGGCGCAGGGAGGCGACCAGGACCAGGAGGAGAGGAGGUGGAACAAAAGGACCCAGCAGAUGCUUCAUGGUCUUCAGAGGGUGAUGGCCAAAACAGGCGCCCAGUCGGUCAGCCUGCUGGACCUGUGCAAGAACAACAACAAGAAGCAGGCGGCAGCCAAGUUCUAUAGCUUCCUGGUUCUGAAGAAGCAGCAGGCGGUGGAGCUCGUGCAGGAGGAGCCUUACAGCGACAUCAUAGCCACACCCGGACCUCGCUUCCACAUCAUCUAG